UGCCGCUCAGCUGACGGAGCCGUGGGGCAGAGACGGGGACACCACACUCAGAGGACGGUCCAUGAACCACACGGAGCUCCAGGGUCGUGAUGUAGGCUGUGUGCUCGGGCUGGGCGCUGACAGGCUGCGGGACCGGUCGCUCCUCUCCGCCCCUCGGCAGCCGGCUGGCGGCUCCGCUCCCCGGCGUCUCGGUGCUCCCCGCCGUUCGGAAAACACAGCAGUCCCGGGAAGAUCCAGCGACACAAGGGCCAAUGGUUUUUACUCCUGCAGCUGCGCCAGACCCCAGAACCAGGGCAUGGAUAUAUCUGAACUGGAGUUUGUUCAGAUAAUAAUAAUCCUCCUGGUGAUGACCCUCAUGGUAGUCCUGAUCGUCUGCCUGCUCAGCCACUACUGGCUGCCGGCCCUGACCUUCCUCAGCAGGCUCGGCCACGCCCAGAGACACCAGGCCACACAACUGGAUGGCGCUGUGUGGAGAGACAGUGUGCUGACUCAGCAGAGAAAUGCUGAGGUGACGCGUGGUCAUCUGACCAACAGCCUGCCACCCUUCAUGCAGCAGCAGCAGCUGUGUCGCCUGCAGCCCACCUACCCUUACCUGCAGCAGGAGCUCAUCAACCUCCCCCCUCUCAUCUGCCUGUCAGACGGGGAGGAGCUGCUGCCCUACAAGGGUCCCUGCAGGUUGCAGCUCCGCCCCCCGGAGCAGCAGCUGGAGCUGAGCCGAGCCGCGGUGCGCGCUCCGCCCAACCGGACCGUCUUUGAUAGAGACCGCAUAGAUAUUUAUACACACAGCAAGAGCCCACGGGCCCCCAGCAGUAACACUGGACUCGAUGCUGCCAGGGCCAGGAUGGAGGGCUCCCCACCCUCCUACAGCAAGGUGAUGGGGGACUACGCUGGGUCCACAGCCCGCUACAGCCAGUACAGCAAUAACGCACCACCCACAGACGGCAGGUCAGGACGUGACCGCUCACAGACGGUGUUCCACGCCGGCAGCAGGCGACCGGAGAGCACAGCUGAAGCCUCCAGUGACUUAAACAGCUGACAGAGGACAGACGUCCGUCCACCUGUCCCCCUCACUACACCUGGACUGUGCAGGAGAUCAGCUGGUUUUCUCUCAUAUUAAAGCUGAAAGAGUUUUAUUAAAGUCUCUGCUUGGUCUAUUUUUGUAUGUUUGACACUUCUGAUGCAGACGCUGGACGCUGAGCGCAGGCGAAGUCAUGAGCUUCAGUUGUGCUGGACCAGGUCUGUGGACAAACCCCCGUCAGAUCCAGAAAUCAGUGCUGUGAUUGGUCGUCUGAAGUCUGAUGUCAACAAAUGUGAAGUUGCACUAAGUUGAAAAGUUGUUUGUCAGUGAAGGAGCCUGGUCCAGGUUCAGGAUUCACAUGAUCCAGCUUGGAGUGUCUGGUUCUCUCCUGCGUUCAUCAGCUUCACUGGACGUCACCUCGGCACUGUGAUGGUGGAAUUAUGGGAAAGUGAGUGAUCGUCUUCAACUCGCUGACAACAGUCUGACCGGAGUUCAUCUGAGUUUACGUCUCAAUAUAAAGGAUUUAUUUUCAUUCUGUUAACAAGUCUGAAGUCAGACGGUGUUAGAGCUGCAGCAAGUAACUGAUCAAUUAUUUUCAUCAUUGAUCUGUUCGUUUAUUUGUGGUCUGGUUCCAGAACCAAAGAUUUUCAGUUCAAAGUAACAGAAAACGAUCCUCACGAUUAUUGAUUAUCAGAAUUAACCAAUGAUUGACAAGUUCAACAGAUCAACACACACACACACAGUUAAUCUGUGUACCAAGGUCUGUGUUCAGGUUUUAAUAUUCUGUUCCACUUUUACAUCGUGUUUUGUUAACUAGCAGCAGACUAGUUAAUUAGCAGUUAACUAGCAGUGACCCAGGGUUAGUAGAUGACAGUCUCUCUGCGCUCUCACUCUGUCUGUGCAGAUGUUGUUGACCCACAUAAAGACUAUUUAUUUGUGUUUAUUCUAUGUUGAUGAAGCCUGGGACCUGAUCUCCAUGUGUCCGCCUCCCUCUGCUGUCACUGGCUCAGAGAAGUCAGGUGACCGGUCACAUGACCCCGCUUCCUGCUGCUGUCAGUUUUACUGUCACCUUUUUACAAACUGUUGUUUAGGACAAACAUCUAAAGUAAACACUUGUUUGCAGGAGUCAUGUGACUUCCUGUCUGAUGGUGACCGUCACAGGAAACCACUUGCACUUAAAAAGCCCCGCCUCCGUCGUGCCUCUUCCAAUGGUGCUUCUCCAGCAGUCUGACUCUGUACAGUGCUGUCCUGUAUAUAUACCUUCAUAUAUUAUGCACAUGUGCUCCUCCCA